AUGCCCCGUUUCUUCUUCUUUUUUCUAGAAAUGCAGGUAGCAGAAAAUGAAAAUCUAGAAGGUGUUCUAAGACAGGGCACGUCAGCCCGACAUGAAGGUCUCAGUAAGUCUAGAAAACCAAAUGAAAGGGAGGCAAAAGUUAUACAUGGUGAAGGCUUGAAUACUAUUAAAGCAAUACAAUAUGAAACACUAGCAUACAUGACCAACCUCGCAGUGGUUAACUGUCAAAUACAUGGCAGAAAUGCACUGAAUCUCAAGGGUUUCUUUAUCAUGGAUUGUCCAGACUUAACAUCCUUGGCUUUCCAAUUGAUAUAUCUUAACUUAUCAUUUAAUAGUAUCAGUUCCUUUCCUACACAAAUAUUUUGCCUGAAAUAUUUACAAAUACUGAUCCUGAGAAACAAUCCUAUCAAAACAAUCCCUUCUGGAAUUCAACAACUUCGGUUCCUUAGAGUUUUCAACAUUGCCUUUAAUUUGAUUACAAAUCUUCCACCUGGGUUAUUUUAUUUGUUCUCUCUUGAGGAACUUAAUAUUUCCUACAACAGUAUUGAGUUUAUUCCAAAUGAAAUCCAGCAACUCAGAUCACUUAAAAGAUUGUUUGUUGAUGGGAAUGACUUGACAUCUUUUCCACCUGGAAUUUUGAAGCUUAACCUGAAAAAAAUCCAAUUUGAGAAUAACUUCACUUAUCCUUGUCUUUGGAAAGAGAAUUCUUUGAAUAGUCCACAGAGUCUUGUUCAACUUGCUUCGUUGUUCUUCCUAAAAAAUAAUCUACAGAAAUAUUAUGAUGCAAUCCCAGGGAAAAUUCAAGUGUUACUAAAGUGCGCAUCCCAAUGCGAAUGGUGUCAAGGCCCGAGGUUCGGGGAGGGGUACCGCGUCAUCCAGUCCUGCAAUGUGUUUGGAGCAGCACGCCUUCCCGUCCUGUUUCACGUCUGUUCCUCUUCCUGCUACCAAGAAGUGAAUGAGCACACUCCAGGCCCAGAAAAGCAGCAGAACCAGGCGGGCGACGCCACCACCAGCAGCCACGGGCUCAUCGGUAGAGACCACGACCCGGAAAGGGUGCACUCUGCAGAACUGGCCCUCGAGGAGCUGCGGGAAGCUGUCUGCACCAGGCAGGUGGACGGAGCCAGCGCGUGCCGCGGCUGA